AUGAACAUUUUGAAAAACAUCAUUCCUGUAAAAUCGGCAGCAGGAGCUUCCGGAAAUCAUUUCAAUAAUGAUCUGGCUGAUGAUGAGGAUGAUGGAUUUGUGUUGGUUGAUGACCACGUUCCAAAUCAAGCCUCAUAUUUUCAAGUGAUGGUUUAUAGCAAAAAAGGAAGUCUUGGAAAAGGAAAAGAAGAUCAUGUGAGCUUUGUUCCUUCACAUCGAAGCGUCUAUAUUAUCAAAGUGAAAAACACAAAUGUUCUUGGAGGUAUUGGAAUGGAAUUUUUUGUAAAUAUUAAAAUAAGAAAUAAGAAUAUCGAUUGGGAAGCAAUUUCUAGUCGAGGAGAACAGAAUUCUUCGCCCAAGUCACAUCAUCAUGAUGAAGAUGAUCAUGAUUUUCAUAAAGUUGACAUGUCAGAUAUUAGGAAUAAGGACAAGAAAGAAUUGAAAAAACAAUACAAACAAUUGAAGGCCUCUGAAACUUGGGAGAUUAGAAUAGAUUUGUCGGAUCCUUACUCACCAUUUUUUGGACUCUUACACAAAGUUGGGAAAGAUGAUAUUGAGAUUCAAUUAAUAAGUGGUGUCUCUAUUGGGUUAAGAUACGUGUAUUACCAAGUGGAUGUCUUUGAGGAAUUUGAACAAAUGAUUUUGUGUGAAGAUAGUGUUGCUGCAGAAUUAGGGGGUUUGGGAGAAUUUAAAACACAAUUUAAUUCGGUGGGAGUGUACAAGCUCUUUAUUGAAAAUAUUUCACACGUAUCAAGUUUAGCUACACUACAAGGUUUUGCUGGAAUGGGAUCCACAAACUAUAAUUUUGAUGUGACAGUGCUGUCAGGAUUUUUAAAUCAAUUCAAAGAAGAUAUCUCUCCCAUUACAUAUGUUGCCACGAGCAAGAAUGACAUUUUCAAACAACUAUUACAAUACUAUGAACUGUACGAAGAAGAAAAUAACAAUGUCAAACAAACAAGUUUGUACAUGAGCGACCCAUUUCCGUGCUACCCUUCAAUCAUUCCAAUGGAUUUUGUGAUCAAAGUUCAACAUCAUGCGUUGGCCAAUAGACCAAAUAAUCCAAGCCCAGGAGCUCUCAAGUUCAGAGUACUCAUUGGAUAUAUUCAAAAAAGUAAUUGGGAAGUUGCCAUAUGUGAUCACAUCUUCAAUAUGGGAGAAAAAUUAACACAAGCCAUGAAUUCCAAAGACGGAGAUUUAAUAUAUUCUGUUGUGAAUGAAAUUGAGUCGGGGGUUGUAAAGAUACCAAAACGAAAAGAGAGUUGGAGAUUAGAAAGUACAGAUGAUAUCCUCUCUCACUCUUCAUCUGAAGAAAAGAAGGAAGAAGAAUAUGAAGCAACAUUUCGAGUGAAUAUUUUAAAGUUCGACUCUCGAUAUUUACAAAUUGCCAUUCAAGAAUAUUUUGAAAAUGCAAAAGCCAUGUUAGAAGACCUCCAUCGACUCGAGGAAGAAUUUAACAGAGCUCUUCAAACAAGAUUUAUUUUGAGUGACAUUUCUCUGGAGAAUAUCAAACAGUUAAAGAGCAAAUCUGAAAAUUAUUGCUUGAAAUCGAACAAAUUAUCUGAACUCAUCCAAGAAGCAGCCAAUCACAUUUCUAAAAUGGACAAUGAAUAUAACAUGAAGACUGAACUAAAAGACAAGAUCAAGUAUUUGGAAGAGAACGUUCUAUCUGCCACUUCUUCAACCACAAGCUCGUUAAAUAAUGACCUAUUAUUUGUGAGGAAUUGCUCCAAAGUCGACUCAGAACAAGAGCUUUCCAGAGUUUAUCAAGAUGCCGUUGAUUUCAGAAAACGAGCUCGUAAAAUACUUGAAAAUUUAGUCGAGUCGAAGGGAGAUACUCAACUCGACAUGAAACGUCUCGAUCAAUUCAUUACCAUCAUCCGACACCAACGAGAGCUACAAACUGAAUUUUCUAAUUUAAUUAACAAAUCAAAAAGUGAAAAGAACCUCUCUGAAAUUCAAUCCUUUUGGGAUGAAAAGGGUAAAAUUCUCACCAAAGAUUCUCAUGACAAGUUUGUAGAAUGUGUGAAUUAUAUUGAGACGGAAAUUCGAAAAGAAAAACUAUUACGUCAACAAGAAGAAGAAAGAAAGAAGAAAGAAUUGGAACUCAAACGAAAGAAGCUGGAAGAAGAAAAACGAAGACAAGAAGAAGAAAAACGUCGCAAAGAGGAAGAAGAACGAAAAAAACUCGAACACAAAAUUCUUGAAGAACAACAACGCAAGCUCGAUGAAUUAGUUAAAAAGAAACAUGAACAGCAACAACAACAACAACCAAUAGAACAUACACAACAAGCUUUGGAAGAACACCAUUCUUCUUCGAGUACAAUUUCUGAAGUAGUAACGACGAUACCAACGACUGUGAGUCGAGAGGUCACAGAGUCAAUGACUAUUACUACAAGUCAUGAAUGUGAACAUCCAUUGCCACCAGAAAACCAUCAACAACACUUACCGACAACUUCUACCAUUAAUACCACUACUCCAAUUGCUGUGGAAGAGAAUUCUAAUGUGAAAUUUAAACCAUUCGAAGAAAAUUGUUCCUCCUCCACUCUUGAUCCUAUCAGUCAUGUUACUACCAUCAGUGUGAAUCAAGAAUCUACUCAUAGGAUGACCAAUCCUCUCGAGAUUUCUGAUUGGAAUGACACACAAACCUUUGGAACAUACAAUGAUUCCACCGACAAUCCAUCUCCUUUCGAAGAAAAAGAUGAAUUGAGUCAUGAUGAAUUAUCCUCUUCAUCCAAUACUGCAUCUUCACAUUCCCAAAAAGAAAACACACCAAACUCCUCUUCUGAUCAUGUAAUGAAUACCAAAUCAUCAAAAUCAUCCUCCACUCGUAAAAAGAACAAAUCCAUGAAAGAGAAUUCUCCUCCACCUUCAACAGAGAGUGGUGGAGAUUUAAUUGUGGAACGAAAGAAAAAAUCAGAUAAGAAGAAAAAGACGUCCAAGAAAAAGACAAUUGUCGCCGAUUUGAGUCAAAACUCACAAAUUAUGGAACUAUUUCCUGAAGUAGUUCUUGGGAAUGGUGCGAAUGGCUCGUCUUUAGAUUUUCCAAAAUUAGUACCUGGCAGUCAUUCCAUCAUGAAUAGUGGUUGUGUUGUGAAUGCAGAUACGAAUGAGAGUUGUGAGCAUUCGAGUGUUUCGUCAUUAUCUGGCUGUGGUGUUAGUGGCACCACUUUAGAUAAACCCUCUUCGCUCAUCAAAAUUAUUAAUUAUGGAUCGCACGAUCAAACACCAGUGACUGAAACUCCAACCGAAGUGGUUCAAUCGUUGCGUGAAAAUGUGAAACAAUUAAUUUUGUUGGCCUCUCAGAAAUCACAAUCAACCAUUUCAACAGUCACAGGUGCCAACGAUGAAGUAUUCUUUAAAUUUAAUUGUACGAACGAGCAUCCUUUUGAAGAACAUAUGGAACGUAUUUGCGUUUCGAUUGAAAAUUUAUUGAUCGAUCACAGAUUGGAAAAGAAACAAUUUCUUACGAACAAAAUCUAUAAGGAAUCACCUGUACAGAUUAUGAAAGGGCUGAGUCCUCAAGGCGAUGCUAUUGUGAAAGAAUUUAACAAAUUUGUGGAGGUUUCUGGAAUUAAGAAAAAACUUCCCAACGAUCCAAAUAAGGAUUCUAAUUUAACUCAUCUCUUAAUUCAAUUUUGCUUCCACAAGGAUACUAUGACGACAUUAUUGUUGCAAUUAGUACAUUUUUCGACUCUCAAUUAUUUGAAAAAGUUUUACGAUCCUGAAAAGUCUCUUUUACUAAACACAAGUUAUAGGGAUGAACUCGGAGCCACGAUUGAAUUAUUGAAGCAACUUAAAUUAUCCUUUAAAUUUAUUGAACAGUUUCUUAACCACAAGUAA